AUGCCUCCCACCACAAGUACCAAUAUUCACCAUGUGCUCGUCAAACGACAACUAAUAAGAGUUAAUCUUGGCGGCCAAGAACAAAAUCCUGACAUCAGUGGAGAUAACAACAAGGUGAUGUUCGGUAGUGCAGCUGAUGCAGAAAUGAAACUCACACUACUUCGAAAAGCAGGUCAUCAAGCUGGAAGAAUUUUAGAAGGUGGCACCGAUGUCGUGAUUGCUCCUGUGAGAUGGCUUAUGCAUAUGCAAGAAAAUUGGUAUGCAUAUUAUAUUAAAAUGUACACUGAUCCAUUGCGGAGACCGAGCCAUUUUGGCUUCUCGAGAUUAUAG